CGUAACGGCGAAAUCUUUCGGUGCCUCCUCCCAGUCUCAGCAUCAACCGUUCCUUUUCUUCUCUUCCUUCUCUGCCUGUCCCCUCAUCAUUCCUCCACUCCCUCUCGUCAUCCUCGUUCCCUGCCUGACUUUCACUUCGGGACUCUCAUCCUACUCGCGUUUGUCUACUGCGUCUCGACUUAUUCGCCCGUCACUUGGCCCUCCAUGGAGUCGCUUCUGCAGCAGUCUCGGGCUAUGUGCCCGUUUCUCAAGCGCACCUCCCCCAAUGCCUUGCGCUCUCUGGCUACCGCUACGCGUCCGAGCACCAGCCCUGGUGGCGGUACCAUGUCUAACCUCCAGGUUCUGGCUCGUCGCUGCCCCGUCAUGAGCAAGGCUUUGGCCGUGCAGAGUGCUCGCCUGGCCCACACCAAGAGGUUCACCUCUUAUACUGCCGGUGUGGCGGGUGUGAGCCCCAAGCAUCUCCGGCCCACUGCGGGCAAGAGAGCGUUGCAUUCGACUGCUGGCAAUGGCGCCGAUGUGACCCCCAAUGUCUACAAGGAGUCUCAGCGAGUUCAUCCCAGUCUCUCCGGUGUCAAGCAGCGCUUCGAGCCUCCCGCUGCCACCACCGCGUCUGGCCUUCGUCCUCAUACGCCCGCCACCGCACCCUUUAACUACAAUGCGUUUUACCAGGGUGAGCUGGAAAAGAAACACAAGGACAAGUCAUACCGCUACUUCAAUAACAUCAAUCGGUUGGCCAAGGAGUUCCCCCGCGCCCACACGGCUUCCCCCGAAGAAAGAGUGACUGUGUGGUGCUCUAACGACUACCUCGGCAUGGGUCGUAACCCUGAGGUGCUGAAGUCCAUGCACCAGACCCUGGAUACCUACGGAGCAGGUGCCGGAGGUACUCGCAACAUUUCCGGACACAAUCAGCACGCCGUGGCUCUCGAGCAGACCUUGGCUAAAUUACACAACAAGGAGGCGGCCCUGGUCUUCAGCUCGUGCUUCGUGGCUAACGAUGCGACUCUGGCGACUCUGGGCAGUAAGAUGCCUGACUGUGUUAUCCUGUCUGACAGUCUCAACCACGCCUCAAUGAUCCAGGGUAUCCGCCACUCGGGGACCAAGAAGAUGGUGUUCAAGCACAAUGACUUGGUCGACCUCGAGGCCAAACUAGCAUCUCUGCCUUUGAAUGCCCCGAAGAUUAUCGCUUUCGAGUCAGUCUAUAGUAUGUGCGGAUCCAUUGCCCCCAUCGAGCAGAUCUGUGAUCUGGCCGACAAAUACGGGGCCAUCACCUUCCUCGAUGAAGUCCAUGCCGUCGGCAUGUACGGACCUCAUGGCGCGGGAGUGGCCGAGCAUCUCGACUACGACAUCUACGCUUCUCAAGAUACGGCCAACCCUCGUGACACUAAGGGAACCGUGAUGGACCGGAUUGACAUCAUCACCGGCACCCUCGGCAAGGCGUAUGGCUGUGUGGGUGGCUACAUCGCGGGAUCGGCGGCGAUGGUUGAUACUAUCCGCUCCCUCGCCCCCGGUUUCAUCUUCACGACUUCUCUACCUCCUGCGACCAUGGCUGGUGCUGACACUGCCAUACAGUACCAGGCCCAGCACCAGCGCGACCGCAUCCUGCAGCAGUUGCACACCCGUGCGGUUAAGGAAUCACUCAAGGAGCUGGACAUCCCCGUGAUCCCGAACCCGUCCCAUAUCAUCCCUCUCCUUGUCGGUGAUGCAGAGGUGGCUAAGCAGGCCUCGGACAAGCUGCUCGAGGAGCAUGGCAUCUACGUGCAGGCUAUCAACUACCCAACGGUGCCCCGCGGCGAAGAGCGUCUCCGUAUCACGCCCACCCCCGGUCACGUCAAGGAACACCGGGACCAUCUGGUACAGGCUCUGCAAACCGUAUGGAACGAUCUGGGCAUCAAACGUACCAGUGACUGGAAGGCACAGGGCGGCUUUGUCGGUGUCGGCGUGGAAGGUGCCGAAGCCGCGAAUCAGCCUAUCUGGGAGGACGCGCAGCUGGGCCUGCAGGCUAGCGAGACUGUUGAGGCUGCCGUAGCGCGCAAGUUCCAGGACGCCGCCGCUGAGGCCCUCUCAAAGACUGCUUCGCGCAUGCAGACCGCCACUCCGAUCCGUCCUGCUGCUGCUGCUGCCGCCGCCUCUAUCCCUGUGGGAGUGGUUGCUUAGACCCCCGUCCAACAUACGUCACGAUAUGGUAGGGUUAUGGUAUGAUGUGACUAUCACCUUGAUGGCACACCACGUGAGAUCGUUGUUGUUAAUUUUUCUAUUCGCUGCGGGAAAUCAGACCCAGCCUGGCCAUGUGACCAGCCUAUCGGACAUUUGCCAAAUCAUAAUUUGAAUACGGAGGUGGACAAAAGACACAGAUGAACCGGCCUGUCGUUACAGAUGAUCACUGGGUUCAUGUCUAUGCCCCUCCCUUAUCCUCUUUCUCCCAAAUAUUUCCUAAAUUUCUGUCGUAGCUGUAACUUAUUGUAAUUCAUUGCGUGGGUUAAAUAUAUAUUCAGAUCCAGUAGACAUGAUAGCAGGUAUCUUCAAAUUCAUUUGAUGAUUCGCG